UGAUUGGUUGAAGGCCCCUGAUGACGUUCCUAAAUCCUUCAAGCCGAUUGGCUACAUGCGCCAGCCCUUCUCUCCGGACCAAUCACAAACGCUCUCACGCAACGAGCUUUAUUUGAGUUUACCUGCACGGAAAGCGUGAUACGAGGAAGAGGUCACGUGGAGAAGUUUGGUGCAGUGUGUUGUUGGCUCAUCUGUCAGCUGAAAUCCAGCGUGGAAGCACACAGGAAUACUGUCAAUGUCUUUGCUGGAGGACAUCGUUGACCUGCUGAGAUGUGUCCUGGAAUACUUUGGAGUGCCACCUGACAUGUUGGUUCCAGUAUGGGACAGUACAUAUUGUGGACAAUACCGAAGCAUAGUCCGUAUGAUUGGGACAAACCUUCCCCUCUCUCCUCAGCCUCGGCUGCGGUUUCAGAUUCCUCUGCAGACAUUCAGUAGACACGGCCAUAUUGAUGUGACGGUGGACACGCCAGCCAUUCCCACAUUAGCGGAUGUGCUUUGGCUGGUGGAGGAUGAAGGGGACAGCCACACUAAAUUCAGGAAUGUCGUCCCGUUGAGGAAAGCUUUUGAGAUUCCCUCAUUAGGGUCUGAACGUCCAUUGUCCGUGUCUGUCCCGGCUCAGAGGGGAGGCAGGGUGCUGGGACAGGGCACCCAGCCAGAGGCCCUGCAGAAGAUCUCCGCUCUGGAAGAGGAACUGCAGAGACUGCAAGCACAGAUUGCUAUGAUAGUCACAGCUCCAGCAGGCCCUUACGUUUUUCCAGCUGAUCCUGGCACUCCAUGCUCUACUCCUCUUCCAUUUCCUGUCCUCAUCUCCACUCCUGUCUGUCCUCCGCUGCCACCUCCACCUCCACCACCACUUCCUCCUCCAGCUACGGGCAGCUGCGUGGAGGUGUCCGUGUCAGAUGUGAUUCGACAAAGACAGGCAUCAAAAAGAGAAAAGCUUGCACAGUGUGAUCCAUCUGUGUGUACAGCACCUGCUGCCCUGCCCUCCAUGUUAGUGGUGCUGAAAGACCUGAAUCAAGUCAAACUGCGCUCUGUGGAGAGAUCUCCAGGUGGAACUCCAGUAAGGAGACGGAGAAGUAAGGGUGUAGCAUGUUCAUCUGAUCCGGCAGCUCUUAUCGCUGAAGCACUGAAAAGGAAGUUUGCACACAAACACAGGAACGAUUCGUUUGGUAAAGAGAACUGCUCAGCUGAACCCUCACCUUUCAGCAGUCCAGAUACUCCCAGGAUUCUCCCUCACACCAGACGCAGCCAGGGACGCAUUCACCUUUGACCCUCAACCUUAACGUCUUUCAGGAACAAAGUUGUGUCAUGGACUGACAUGAUGGCCAUUUUUCUUUUUAAUGUUGGUUGAACUGUCUCUUUUUCUCUUUCCCCUUUCUCUCUGAAUUAAUCACAUGGGCCUCCAUCUGAGUACACUGAGCAUGGUUUUGAGAUUUUUGUGCAGACAUAAUUUUUUUGUAUGUACAGAUUUUUAUUUGUAAAUAUUAUGUACAACAGACUUCUUAAUUGUGAACGACUAAUUACGAGUAUUGAUACAGGAUGGCAGUAAUUAUCUCAUAGGAUGCUACAAGUUAAUUUCUUUCAGCUACCAAUGUAGUAUAUAAAUAAGGUCUACUCUGAUCUAUGCAAUGCUUCUUUUUUAUACAGGUUU